GGUGCGGCAGGUCGGGGGCGAGGGGUGGGGGGCUCCCGGGACGGUCCGUCGCUCGUGAGAUGCUCCGUCAUUCCCAUGGCAUGCCAUCUCUUGUGAGAUGCUGCACCGCUCGUGGGAUGACACUUCAUCACUCGUGACACACUCCACCACUUCUGAGAUGCUCCACCACUUGUGAGACACUCUAUCACGUGUGAAACGGCACUCCAUCACUCGUGAGAUGCUCCAUCACUCGUGAGGUGCUCCACCUCUCAUGAAACAAUGCUCCACUGCUCGUGAGAUGCUCCAUCACUCGUGAGGUGCUCCACUGCUCAUGAAACAACGCCACACCGCUCGUGAGACGCUCCAUCACUUGUGAGGUGCUCCACCACUCAUGAAAAAAUGCUCCGCCACUUGUGAGAUGCUCCAACGCUCAUGAAAUGACACUCCACCACUUGUGAGACUCUCUACCGCUCGUGAAACGUAGCUCCAUCACUUGUGAGACAAUGCUCCAUCACCCAUGACAUGUUCUGCCACUUGUGAGAUGCUCCGCUGCUCCUUGCAGGCAUUCCCACAAUCACCGUGGGGAAGGGACAAGGGGCUACGUGGCCCUGCCGAGGGAGAACUUGCUUGAGGUGCAGGCGUGGGCGGCCUCCUGGGAUGCACUUUGCGGAGCAGCUGGUGCUGACAGCCGGUACUUCCCGGCUGCCUGCUGCGCCGGGGGAUGGCAGGGCCGGCUCCGGGCACCAAUGCGCAUUCGGAUGAUCUGAGCAAUAACAAAGUUUUUCAUCUGGCCGCCUGCAGCUCCCACUGCACCGCCCCUGCGGCUGCGGGGAGGGGUAUGGCCCUCGCAGGUCCCCUGGGUGCCGUGGGAAGCACUGGCUCCUCGGCUGCCUGGAGAGGAGUCGCAGAUGUGGCUGGGACUGCCGGCAAGGCACGGCCGCGCUCGGCAUGGGGCUCCGGCUCCCGCUGCGCCGGAGUGCCAGCUUCACCCCUGACCACCCUGCCCUCAUGGAGGUGCCUGGCCCCACCGCCCUGAAGACAGAAGCAAAUGUCCUCAUUAUGGGAGCGGACAAUGUGGGGAAAUCAGCUCUGACUGUGCGUUUCCUCACCCGGCGCUUUAUCGGGGAGUACGGAGACAUGGAAUUCAUCUACAGUCACAGCAUGACCGUGGACGGCCGAGAGAUUCUCUUCCACAUCUGGGAUGUCCCCAAUUCCCAGGAGCAGGCAGAGGAGGGCUCCUCAGAGGAGAAGCGAAUCCAGUGGGCAGACAGCUUUGUCCUGGUCUACAGCAUCUGCGACCGUGCCAGCUUCAACAUCCUGCCCCUCAAAAUCCAGAUCAUCAAGGCAUUCAAGGAGGGUCAGAGCCAGGAGAAGGUUCCCAUUGUCAUUGUGGGCAACAAACGUGACCUACACCACCAACGGGUGGUGUCCAGCGAGGAGGGUCGGCUCCUGGCCCUCUCUUUAGACUGUGGCUUCUAUGAGGUCUCUGCAGCUGAGGCUUAUCAUGGGGCCCUCACAGUCUUCCAUGGACUGGCCGAGCGCAUCCCUGACACGAAACUGGCACUGAAAAAGGGUACAGGGAUCCGUGGCAUCGUCAAGACCAUGUCUGCUGUGUUUGCCCGUAAGCGAACAGAUUCCCUCUGAGAUACAGCCUGGGUGUUGCUUCUCUCUGUGUUGCCCAGGUAGACUGAGCCUCCUCCCUGGGUGCCCAUGGAGAUGGCGUGAACUUCCAUAGGUAUGUUGGGUUCCUUGCUGCCUUCCUACCCUCAGGGUCUGGGUCUCCUGCCAUACAUAGCCGGUGCAGCAGAGGACUGUAGUACCUUCCUCUGCUCCCUCCUGUAGAGCUCUUGGCUCCGUGGUGGGACAGGUGGUGGGGCAAAGUCUCUACUCUUUGCUGUAUCAGAUUUUUAGGUGCCUCCUGAUUUCUCCUAUCCUCCAAUGCUGGAAACCACCGGGUGAUCUUGCCCCUGCUUCAGGCAGCAUCAUCCCCAGCUUCUUCAGCGGGAGCUGCCUGGGCUGUCAGUAACAGGGAGGACACGCUGCUUCUGCAUGGCCACCCAGCUCAGUGUCACCCCCUCCUACCCUGGGAUCCUUGUUCCUGUUUAACACUCAUCAGGGUCCUUUCUGGUAACCCUGGAGCACUGGGGAGCUGGCAACGUGGGGGCUUCUUUACUGGGGAGACACCAGCAGUUCCCAUGUGCACAUCACUGUGUCCGAGAGUCCCAGAGCCUGUGGUACUGGCUGACCCCUGAGGACCUUGAUGAGGUCCCCAGUCCCACCCACCUUGCUGUUGCAGCAUCCUGCUUGUGUUCCUUUCUCCCACAGCCUUUCAGCAACUAUGGCAGUUUCCCUUGUGCAAGCACUGUACAGGCUGUGCCUGGGAAAAACCAGGCACAUGGCUUGUUCCCAGGAUGGGGAAUCGUACCGUGCGCCUUCCCAAGCUGCUCCUUCUGUAAAGCUGCCUGUCCCUGGGGAGGAAGGGAGGUGGGGAAAGGAGUCACUGGGCUCAUUGCUGAACCCUUCUACUGUUGGGAUUUUUUUCCUGCCUCUCCCCAGACUCUUCCCUGGUGUGCCUGGGAAAGCAGUGUGUUGGGUUUGUGUGUGCAGUACAGACACUUAUUUCUCUGCUGUGUUCUGGAAAUGCAAUAAAUUGUCUUUGGCAAGAAGC